AUGAAACACGUUUCAGAUAAUCCUUCGGAAACAGCGGAUACCAUACGACGGGACAUUUAUGUUGACAACAUACUAACAAGUGUUAACACAGAAGAUGAUGCUCGGAAAUUUUUUCACGAAUCGCGAAAAUUGUUGUCCGACGCUGGAGUUAACUUACGUUCUUGGGCCUCCAACAGCACAGUUCUUCAAGAAACAGCGAAAACAGAAGCAGUUAUUGAUCAAGACUUAGAGACAAAAAUUCUUGGAAUGCGAUGGGAUCCAGAACAGGACAUACUAACAUUUGCUAAGAAAAUCAGUAACACAGAGUCAAGAUUUAUCAGUAAGCGUGAAAUACUACGUCAGUCAUCAUCUAUAUUUGACCCACUUGGACUUCUCGGACCGGUUACGAUAAGGGCAAAACUGUUGAUGCAACAACUUUGGAAGCAAAAACUGUCAUGGGAUGAGAUAUUACCGGAACACAUACAUUCGGAAUGGAUUGAUAUGUCACGAGAUAUACAAUCGGCAUUAGGGGAAAUUAAACUCCCUCGACAUUUUUUCAACGAAUCGACUCAAAAUCACCCGUUUACGCUACAUGUGUUCGUGGAUGCGAGUGAAAAAGCAUAUGGAGCGUGUGUGUAUAUUUACAACGGAGAAAAUGCAACGUUGAUAAUAGCAAAAAACAGGGUUGCACCUUUGAAAAAUAUCACUCUUCCUAGGCUGGAACUGAUGGCCGCUGUCAUAGGAGCCAGAUUAGCAAACAAUGUUCAACAAAGUAUAUGCAUAGAUUUUGAUUCAGUAACUUACUGGAGCGAUAGUCAAGUUGUUUUACAUUGGCUGUCAUCGUCAAAAUCUCUCAACAAAUUUGUGGAGAAGCGAAAAAGUGAAAUCUUAAAGCUUACUGCGCCACAUUUAUGGAAAUACGUACCAACGGAUACGAACCCUGCUGAUUUACAAACUCGUGGUUUGUCUGCGGAACAAUUGAAAACGUCAGCGUUAUGGUGGCAUGGACCAAAAUGGUUAAAUAACAAGGAUCAAUGGCCAGUAUGGGAACCUCAAAAUCGCACAGUUUUGUUGGAAGUUGAUACAGAUGUUGAUGAGAUUUUAACCUCAGCAAGUGUCAACGCGACUGGAAUUCAUAGGAUCGUCGACAUUACCAGGUUCAAUACGUUACAUACACUGCUACGCGUUUCCGCCUAUGUGUUGCGUUUUAUCUCAAAUUGUAAAAUACACGAAGAAAACAUCCGUACUAUUUUAAGCGAAAUAGAAACCGUUAUUAAUGACAGACCGUUAACCUACGUUUCAUCUGAAAUUCAAGAUUUACAGCCGUUAACGCCAUCUCAUCUCUUAUAUGGACGAAUGAAAACUGCACCAUCAGUGUCAGUCUCCCAGGAAAAUACAAACAUUACGCAUACCGAAGCAAAUAAACAAUUGGAGAGAAAAGAAUUGGUUCUACAACAUUUUCUAAAACGAUGGAGAAUGGAAUACCUAACGGGAUUACGCGAGUUUCAUAAAUUUUCGGGAAAAAACGAUACCAAAAUUAAGGUUGGUGACAUAGUUCAAGUCUACGAGAAUAUGCCUCGUACGAAAUGGAAGUUAGCUAUGAUAGAUGAACUUAUUACAGGAAACGAUGGAUUAGUACGUGCAGCAAAAAUCCACACUGCUUCAAACAAAAUCACAACGCGACCAGUUACCAAACUUUAUCCUCUAGAACUUCCUUAG